AUGGUCAAGAAGAGGGCGAACAACGGUCGCAACAAGAAUGGCCGCGGCCACGUCAAGCCUGUGCGCUGCUCCAACUGCGCCCGCUGCACCCCCAAGGACAAGGCCAUCAAGCGGUUCACCAUCCGCAACAUGGUCGAGUCUGCCGCCAUCCGGGAUAUCUCCGAUGCCUCCGUCUUCGCCGAGUACUCCGUCCCCAAGAUGUACCUGAAGCUCCAGUACUGCGUUUCUUGCGCCAUCCACGGCAAGAUCGUCCGUGUCCGCUCCCGUGACGGCCGCCGCAACCGUGCUCCCCCUCCCCGUAUCCGCUACAACAAGGACGGCAAGAAGCUCCAGCCCCCCUCUGCCGCUAAGGCUCUGUAA